GAAAACUAAAGCGUUGUGAAUUUUGUACGAUUGCCAUCCAUCGUCUGUUUACACUAGUCAGCUGGAAGAUAAUGGAUAGAAGGUUUUCCUCAUUCCUCUUCAACAUCUAAUGCGUAGUGCGUUCGUUUGGCAUUUUUAAAUCUUAUUUUAACUAACUGUGCGUUUAAUAAAAAAAAAAUACGGUGUGUUAUAAAGCGAAGUAUAAUGUCGGACGUUAAGAGCUUGGAGCACCCGACACUAAAGGUGCCAUAUGAACUUUUAAACAAGAAGUUUCGAUCUGCACAAAAGACAUUGGACCGUGAGGUAUCACAUGUACAAACAGCGGCGAGUGAAUUGGAAAAAGGCCUUGUAGGAGAAUCCACAGGAGUGGCUAGUGGGGAAAUAACUCGUCUUUUGGGAGGAGUUGUCGCUCGACUUCAAGUGUUGAAACGCAAAGCAGAAGAAUCCAUUGCAGAAGAAUUGCAAGCUGGCAUGGUCUGUAAAAGACGUCUCGAUCAUCUUAAAGAACAUGGUAAUACAGCACCGAGUGCUGUCAAUCAAUGGAGAAGACAAAGACUCGACAGGAUGCUGAUAGAAUAUUUCUUACGCAAGGGAUAUUAUAAAACUGCUACUAAAUUGGCCGAUAACAGCGAGCUGAGGGACUUGACUAACAUUGAUGUCUUCAUGGUUUCGAGAGAGGUGGAGAAGUCUUUGGCUAAUCACGAAACAGCAAGAUGCCUUGGAUGGUGUCACGAUAAUCGUUCAAAGCUACGCAAAUUGGGUAGCACAAUGGAAUUCAAUUUACGCGUACAAGAAUUUGUUGAACUAGUGCGAGCAGAUCGUAGACUUGAUGCCGUGAAACAUGCGCGAAAAUGUUUUGCCAACUACGACGAUUAUCAGCUUCAAGAAAUUCAGUGCUGUAUGGGAUUGCUUGCGUUCCCAGCCAACACAGACUUGAGUCCUUACAAGGACUUACUUGAUGAAAAAAGGUGGGAGAGGUUGAUCGAACAAUUCCGGCACGAAAACUAUAGACUAUUCCAAUUGGCCAGUCAGAGCGUAUUCACAGUGGCUCUACAGGCAGGUUUAUCAGCUCUAAAAACACCCCAAUGCUACAGCGCCAACAGAGAGGGCAAAAAUCCAAGCUGCCCAGUAUGCAACGAAGCUCUGAAUGAACUUGCGACUACUUUACCUUUUGCUCAUUGCUCCCAAUCUCGACUUGUGUGCAGCAUCAGUGGUAAACCGUUGAAUGAAUAUAAUCAGCCGAUGAUGAUGCCCAAUGGAUAUGUUUAUGGCGAACACGCUCUAGAGAAAAUGGCCCUGGAAAAUAAUGGGACUGUGGUCUGUCCAAAAACCAAAGAAGUAUUCCCAUAUAAGAAGAUCGAAAAAGUUUACGUCAUGUAAA